UCCUCAUACUUUCCGUUUGUGUUAAUUGUGUCGCCUCGAAUUUACUUUCGAUCAAAACCCUUUCAGUGACCACAAAAACAUUUUCUCUUCCACACCCAACAACUAUCAAUCAUGUUCCUUCCAUCAAGAAAAUCCAUAACCAUAUCCAUCAUUAUCCUCCUCCUCAAUCAAACAACAACAACAUUAGUCUCAUCAAAAUGCACUUGUGAUGACAAUUCAAAUGACAACAAUAAUGUUUCUGAGGCACUAAAGUACAAACUAAUAGCCAUGACAACAACACUAGUUGCUAGCAUAAUUGGUGUGUGUCUUCCAAUCAUGGCGAAGAACUACAGAUACCUUAACCCAGAGAAUGAUUUCUACUUCUUGGUGAAAUCAUUUGCUGCUGGUGUGAUCCUAGCAACAGGGUUCAUCCACAUUCUUCAUGAUGCAUUUGAGAAUCUAACAAACCCUUGUAUUGGUGAAAAGCCUUGGGGGUUGUUUCCGUUUUCUGGGUUUGUGGCAAUGCUUGCAGCAAUUGGGACACUCAUCAUGGAAGCUUUGCUUACUGGCUACCAUAAAAGGUCUGAAUUGAUGAAAGCUCAGCCUCUGGAAGAUGAGGAUGAAGAAGUUCAUCAUCACCAUCAUGGUGCUGGUGGUGGUAACGUUCUUAACCCUGCUCUUCCGUCGUCAAACAGAUUAGAUUCGCCGGAAGAUUCGCCCGAUCAUCUUCGAAAUUCUAUAGUCUCUCAGAUUUUGGAGUUAGCUAUUGUUGCGCAUUCAAUCAUUGUUGGAGUGUCUCUUGGGGUGUCCCAAAGUCCUAACACAAUCAAGCCUCUGGUAGCUGCCUUGAGUUUUCAUCAAUGCUUUGAAGGCAUGGGACUUGGUGCCUGCAUUUCCCAGGCACAAUUUAAAAAUUAUACAGUUGUAAUUAUGGUACUAUUCUUUUGCUUCACAAUCCCAACCGGAAUUGGGGUUGGUAUUGGUAUAUCAAAAAUCUACAAUGAAGGCAGUCCAAAGGCUUUAAUAGUUGAAGGGAUUCUGCUAUCAGCAUCCGCAGGGAUUCUAAUUUACAUGGCUCUUGUUGAUCUUCUUGCUUCCGACUUUAUGAACCCUAAAAUGCUAAGGAGUCUUAGGCUCCAACUUGCUGCAAUUCUUGCACUUCUUGUGGGAGUCAUUUGUAUGUCGCUCUUGGUCUUGUGGGAAGGAGCAUAG